GCUCCAGCCUGAGCUGUGGCUGUGCUGGGUGAGCGCAUCCCUACUCAACCACACUUGGACUUCAACUGUCCCCAGACGACGCAAUGCCGCCUCACAUCUAUUCCCUAGAAGACAGGAUCAGUGAGUUCUUCCAGACUCAAUCAUCUGUUUCUCGUCAACAAUGCGAUGACAUGGCUCUCUCCAUUUCCGGGAGUCCAAUCAGCCCGGCACCGAUCCAGGGAGCGUUUAGUUAUACUGUUAUAGCUGGGGCUCUACAAUCGAAGAUAGUGCAAUUCAGGACUCAGAGUUCUCUUCUUGAUAUGGAGACAUUGAUCGCCGCGCGGGAUGUUCAUCCAGACUUUGUUCCAGCAACCGCGUUCCACGGUAUUCUCGGUGAGGGUCAAGCUUCGCCUCUUUCUAUCUAUGUUAUGGACAGAAUCUCUGGAACCACUUAUAUUGAGGCAAGAUUCUAUGAUAAGUCUACUGCUGAAGCAAGGCUUGCGGGCGAAUCACGCCGAAUGACUACAGUAACGGAUUUCGCAAGAUUCUUUUCACAGGCAUGGAAAGGUCGCCAAUCAUUGUCAAUGGAGAAAGUAGAUGCACUCCGUCUUCAACACGGGGCAGAUCUCGAACUACUAUCCCAAUCUUUACCCCAACGGUUUUCGAUCGUCCUACAACAGCUUCGUACGCAUCUCCCGCUUCUAUACACACCGCCGUUCCCACUUGUCCUCACCCAUGACGAUCUCUGCGAGAUGAACAUACUCAUGGAUCCUGAAACGGGCAAAAUUACUGGCUUCAUCGACUGGGCAGAGGCAAAGAUACUUCCAUUUGGUUUCGCUCUAUGGGGAUUCUUGAAUGUCAUUGGCUGGAUGGACUCGAAAGGAUGGCAUUACUAUUCCAAUCGUCAAGAUCUCGAAGAUCAAUUCUGGAAGACCUUUGAUGAGUCUAUUGGAGGCGUGACAAAGGAAGUGAGAGACACGAUCCGUGUUUCAUCUAUAGUGGGCUUUUUUUUGAGGUACGGCUUUGCGUGGGAUGAAGGUGUUCGCAGAAGGCCAGUAACGGAGUUGGACUACUCUAUCAAAUAUCUUGACGCCUUUUUCAGCAGUGAGAAGUCUGUUGGAAACUCGUUCAUUUUGAGUGGACAUUAGAUAUGACAUCUAAACCAAAAUCUAUUGGUAGUGUCACAAAUCAAUUUCUAU